GAUGCAGGACGCCAUGGGCCACGAGCUGCCCUGGAUUUACUUCGUCAGCCUCGUCAUCUUCGGAUCCUUCUUCGUCCUCAACCUGGUGCUGGGGGUGCUCAGCGGUGAGUUCUCCAAGGAACGUGAGAAGGCCAAAGCUCGCGGCGACUUCCAGAAGCUGCGGGAGAAGCAGCAGCUGGAGGAGGAUCUGAGGGGCUACAUGGAGUGGAUCACACAGGCCGAGGACAUGGAGGGGGACGAGGACGAGCACGAGAAGCACCGGCUGACGACAGAGGAGCUGAUGGGGAAGAGGAAACCGCGACUCAAAUGGCUGCGACACGCCAGUCACUCCACGGAUACACACG